GAGGGAGACAUAGUCCCUGAGCCUACAGAGAAGACCCUUCAUGUUCAACUUCUUGCUCUAAGACGGAAUUACCGUACAAGGCCUCUGAUUACCUCCUGUCCAGUACAUGUGAAUCACUUCCAUGGCGCCUACAAAUAAUGUGACUGAGUUGAUUAUCACUGGUCUUUUUGAGGAUCCAGAGGUGCAGAGGGUGUGCUUUGUAGUGUUUCUUCCUGUGUACCUGGCCACAGUGGUGGGCAAUGGCCUCAUUGUUCUGACGGUCAAAGUCAGUCAGAGUCUGCAUUCCCCCAUGUACUUCUUCCUGAGUUACCUGUCCCUGGUGGAGAUCAGCUACUCCUCUACUGUUGCCCCCAAGUUCAUCGCAGACUUGCUUUCCAAGGUUAAGACCAUCUCCCUGGAGGGCUGUGUGGCUCAGAUAUUCUUCUUCCACUUCUUUGGCGUUACUGAGAUCUUCUUGCUCACAGUAAUGGCCUACGACCGCUAUGUGGCCAUCUGCAAACCCCUUCACUACACAGUCAUCAUGAGCCAGGCUGUGUGUCACCGUCUGGUGGCUGGUUCCUGGCUGGGGGGCUUUUUUCACUCCAUGGUUCAGAUUAUUGUCACAGUCCGAUUGCCCUUCUGUGGUCCCAAUGUGAUUGACCACUACUUCUGUGACCUCCACCCCUUAUUCAAGCUCGCCUGCACUGACACCUCUGUGGAGGGGCUUGUUGUGUUGGCCAACAGUGGAUUAAUCUCUAUCUUCUCCUUUCUCAUCUUGGUGUCCUCCUAUAUUGUCAUCCUGGUCAACUUGAGGAACCAUUCUGCAGAGGGAAGGCGCAAAGCCCUCUCCACCUGUGCCUCUCACGUCACGGUGGUCGUGUUGUUCUUUGGACCUGCCAUCUUCCUCUACAUGAGACCCUCCUCCACCUUCACUGAGGACAAACUGGUGGCCGUGUUUUACACAGUGGUCACCCCCAUGCUGAACCCCAUCAUCUACACCCUCAGAAAUGCAGAGGUGAAAAUCGCCAUGAGGAGGUUGUGGGGCAGGAAAGUGAACUCGGGGGUGGAAUAAAAAUGAAAAUAUGAAGAAAUUAGUAUGCCUAGAGGGACCAAAUAUACAUUCUGAUUUUAGUGAACAUCCAGAGAAGAGUGUUAACCUUUUCAUGUUUUUUUGCAGUGGUUUUUUUGUUUUUUUUUAACACUGUGCUGGGAUGAUGAGUAUUUAAUUUUUCUUUUGCUUUAGGCACCACUAGGAAAUACCAGCCUUCCCUAGUGCUUCCAUGUUGCCAUCAUUAAAGCCAGGUUUCCCCACAGAAUUCAUGCUUGUAAAUGAUUUCCUAUCUGAUUGUUACCUUGUGUCUCAACUUUCUCUUCGUAUAUCCUCACUGUCACUAAAAGCAAUAAAAUAUAUAAUUAU